AUGACACCCAAAAGCACCAGGCAACUGUUUCAGAUGAGGCAAACUAGAGACAAGGCUCAUCAUGUGCUCGUGCGCGCUGCAAAUAUUCAAAUGAUCCGCAACAUGCCAGAGACUGACGCCGCCCUCACCAAACGCCCAGAACGCAAGGGUGGAUUUGUUGUUGAGGAUAAUAUGAGGGCUCCAUUCACAUUACAGGAUUAUGUGAAAGUUGGAGCUGAUUUUCGUCCAGGGAUGAAUCGUCCGGCCGGACAUGGUUUUAUCCAGGAGAUGCAGUCUCCUAUAAAGCAUAUCACCGAUCACAUGUCUCCAAGGUCAUGGGAAUUGCUGCGACUGCUUGUACUUGGUGGAUUGUAA